AUGGGCCUAGAGCUUGCCGACAGGGAGCGCGUCGCAAACAGGAAGCUUAUCGAACAGUACGAGCAGCAGGUCAAGGAUCUUCGGGAAAAGCUCGAUAAUCUGGAGGACAUGCUGAAGAAGAAGGAUGACGGACUUAAUCGCGUGCUGGACGGCGAGCGCUCGAGAGCCGCUACGGCAGACUUGGAGAAGAAAUAG